AUGUCGAAUCAAGAUUAUUUUGAUCUACACGACAAAGAAGAGCUCCUCGAUGGGAUUACUCCUCAGAGGUUGACGUCUAAUGAAGCUAUAGUCGGAGCUGAGCUGCCAACUUCCCGCUCCGCCACUGUCACAGUGUCAUCUUUACCCAUGCAUGAAUCGGACUAUCCUACUAAGAAUUCGUCCGAAUCUGUACUAGCCCAAGAUAAUCCGCCUGGGGAAAGGCCAUCUCUAGUUGAGUACGAUACUAAGAUUCUUGGUGGGACAACCGUUACUGAUUUUAAGACAGUUUCUAAGAUCAAGGAGCCCGAUAUUAAUGUCGAUAAUGCUAAGAAUAAUGCUAUUAUUACGCCAAAUUUAACUAUUUCUCCAAGCUCAAAUAACCGUUCAAGAAGUAAAUCUGUUGUUUAUAGAAAUGAGUAUUUCUCCAACGAGAAAUCAUAUUUAGAAAAGAUGAAAAAAAAAAUGAUUUAUGAUGAGUAUUACACAAAGGGUAUUAUUUCAUCUCUAAUAUUGAACGACGAGGUUGACCCUGAGAUUGAGAAAAGUGAAGUAGAUUUGAAUUUAAAUGAUCUUAAGAUUGAUUUAGGUGACAGUAACAAAAACAAUUUCUUACAUAAAUUGGGCUCAUUGGAUCCCAAAAGUAACUACUUUAAACUACUCUUAACUAAACUCAAAGCUAAGAAUAAAGAUGAUCCAAAGGAUAUCGACCAUAUUCUGGAAGACGUCUUUGAACACUCUGAUAUCAUUGAACGGCUAGAAUGGCAGACGAUGCUCUCGAAGGUAUUGAAUGGAGAUAUAAUAAAAAGUGAAAGGACAAAAUUGGAUGAGGAAGAAAGAGACAGGGAUACCAACAGGUUAUUAGAUCAAUAUUCUGAAGAUAUUUGGUUAGAAUUAAGGGCAUGGAUGAACGGAAGGACCGUAGAAGAUCAAAAAGAUUCCUUUUCAUUACUAAGAGAGUCCAGUGACAUUGUUUUCGACGAAAUUAUGAGAUUUAAAGCUGAUCCAAAUCUCCGUCAAGAAGAGGCUGAAUCGGAAGUCGAAAAUUUGCUAAAUAAUUACUAUAAAGUGAUGAAUUUUUGGCCGAACUUGAAGCAUCUGAUCUCACAAAAGCCAAUUACUGGCACAACUGAAUUUGUUAACAGAGUUGAAACAUUGACUAGUUGGUUAAAUUCUAGAACCAAUCUGAAAUAUGAGAUUGAUUUGUUGCAAGACUGGGUAGGUGUAAGUGACUUGGAUUUUAUAACAAACACUUCAGCGACUGAUGAAAAUAAGAUUGCUUUCAAGAAAUUUGCUGAAAAGAUAAUGCAAGAGAAAGACAUAGAAACAAUUUUCCAGAAAAAAAUAUUCUUCCCAUUAGCACCAUGGAUACUAAAGGCAAAAUUAUCCUAUUUAAAGUACAUGAAUGUUGCCAGCGAAAUGAAUUUAAAGCAUUCAGACACCGACCUGGUAGUACUGCUCUUGUUUCCGAUAAAAUUACUCGAAGAAAUAAUUAAAGUUAGACUGUUGUACGCUAAAAAACUACAAAAUCCCACUAUGAUGAUGAUCGAUCAAAUGAUAGAUGAUUUUUCAGCUUAUGUUAAGUUAUCUGCGCAAUUAAAAGCAACUUUAAUAGAUUACUGUAAACGAUGGUAUCUCGAUAUAGAACUUAACGAUUCAUUCGACCAAAUAGUCGUUCAUGGUAUACGAUUUCUUUUCAAACUUCUUCAUCUCAAAGUAAUAGAUGGUUCGAGCAAGUCUUUCAAAACAUACAAGGAGCCAGAAGUGCUGGUGACUUAUUGGGAAGCUUUGAAAAACACUGGCCAUUAUAUUGCCGGAGCUGGAAAAGAAAUUGCAUUUGGAUUUAGCAAAUUGACAGCAACAUUGUUACAGAGAUUAAAUGAAGAUAUCGGUGAGUUACACGACAGCACAACAUCAUUAAGAGGCAACUUAGAUGGUGAAAAAUGGCUACUUCAAACUUUAGAGAAUUUAGGUUCUCUAAAAAGAAAACUGAAUAGAUUCAGCAAUCUAUUGUCAAAAGCAUUUCAAAACACAGUAACUUAUACUGUCAAUGACUGUGCAUCGUUGUUAGAAAAUUUAAGAAAUACAGGCCACUUUCUGAUAUACUCUGGUAGUAGGCUAGAACGGAAUGGUGUCUAUUUAAUUGCUAGUCCAAAUCUUAUUGGAAUUGAUGAUGAUGAACUUUUAAGAAUUCUGAAGAAUGCUGAAAUUGGCUGUGACAUUAUACCAAAGAUUGAAAUAAAAAGUAGUCUAUCGAUUUAUGGUAUUAUGGAUGUUAUGGAAAAUCCGAAUACAAAACUUGUCCAAAAAACCAGUCCUGAAGGCGUUCCAUACCAUGAAAUAGUCCAAGAAGAUGUUACAAGUGAGGAUGCCAACUUAACGAAGGUCCACGAUUUAAGUGCACAUACUAGUAGAACUUAUAGUUCUGGUAAUAUACUGACAGUUCCCAGAAGAGCUUUCAAACUAACAAAAUCUGGGAGUUAUUACAAUGGAAACAAGUAUCAAACCUUUCACACUGAGUCAGAAAAAGAAAUUUUGGAGUUAGAGGCUAAAGUGGAUUCCCUUGGUUACAUUUUACUAUUAUCAACCGGUCAACCAAUUAUAUGGGAAGGGUCAGUUCACAAUGUGGUGGCGAAGAGCAUCGAUUUUGGGGAAAUCUUAAAAUCAGCUAAACCGAAUACUCUAACCCUAUUCAACCAAGGAUCUAGCUAUUCCUUAGAUUAUCGAAAUGAUACUUUGAAGAAUCUAGCCGGUAACUCCAUUUCUUAUGUAUUAAGAUCCUGUUCAAUCGGUAGCAUCGAAAACAUUUUGCAAAGGAUUAAUAAGACUUAUUUCAACUGCACAUGCGAUGUUCUUACGAACUACACAAAAGUAGUUACAAGGUUCAAGGAGAGUCAUGAUCCAGGAAAUUUGAUUAAUGGUCUAUUUUUAUUUACAAGAGACUUUGGAAGAAAUUUUUUAAGGACAAGUAAUUCUACUUACCAGACAAAAUCAGCGGUAAUACUAUUGAUGGUGAAAAUGAGUAUCCGCUGGUUAUCAUUUCUUGCAGAAGAAUGUGAUCCGAAUGAUCAACGAACCUUUAAAUGGUGCGUCACAGCAAUGGAAUUUGCUAUGCAAAUGAUUAGUGGUUUAAAUAUCUUAGCGUUAAAUAAAAGUCAAUUCCAUGAGUUGAAAGAAAAAAUUUCUGUAUGCAUGUCAUUGCUGGUAUCUCAUUUCGAUGUUAUGGGUGCCAGAUCUUCAGAUAUGCAAAAGCUAAGCAAGCCUUCAAGACUAAAUAUGGAUAUUAUUGAGGAUUUCGAUGUUGACGCAAUGCUAGCAAUUAAUUCCAGAUUACGUCUGAAUUCAAUAGCAAAACUAGAAGAGAAAAUGACACACAAUUUGGUUAAGGUAGGAAAAGUUUUAGAUGAUACCGAAAAGAGCAAUAAAUUUAUUUCAUCCUUAGCAUCAUCGAUAUCAAAUGUGUCCAUAAGGUGGCAAAAGAGGAAAUACAUUGGUGGUGGCACUUUUGGCGCUGUAUUUUCAGCAGUUAAUUUGGAUAAUGGUGAAAUUCUUGCUGUAAAAGAAAUCAAGAUACAAGAUAACAAAUCGAUGGAGAAGUUCUUCCCUCUAAUAAAGGACGAGAUGAACGUCCUAGAAAUGUUGAACCAUCCAAAUGUUGUUCAAUAUUAUGGGGUUGAGGUACAUAGGGAUAGAGUCAACAUUUUUAUGGAAUAUUGUGAGGGUGGCUCGUUAGCUACUUUGUUAGAACAUGGAAGGAUUGAAGAUGAAUUGGUUACUCAGAUGUACACCCUUCAGCUUCUAGAGGGAUUAGCUUAUCUUCAUGAGUCUGGAAUUAUCCAUCGAGAUAUCAAACCAGAAAAUAUAUUACUUGACUACAAUGGUAUUAUCAAAUAUGUCGAUUUCGGGGCCUCAAAAAGAGCUGUGAAAAACAGUACAAGAUGGGCUGCUAGUAUUGGAAAGGGAAGUAUAUCUUCUCAUAGCUCUUCUGAAGGAGAUUCUAAUAGUGGUAAGCUGCAGGACCUGAUAGGAACCCCCAUGUACAUGGCCCCUGAGGCUAUUACUGGCUCGACUACAGAAGGCAGAUUUGGUUCUAGUGAUAUUUGGUCACUUGGUUGUGUAACUUUAGAGAUGAUAACCGGUAAGAGACCUUGGUAUAAUUUGGAUAAUGAAUGGGCUAUAUUGUAUCAUGUUGUCGCCGGACAAUCUCCUCGGUUUCCAAAUAAGAAUAAAGUUUCAUCUGCUGGAAGAAAGUUUUUGAAAAGAUGUUUAGUCCAUUCAGCCAGCAAAAGAGCCACAGCUUUUGAACUGUUAAUGGAGCCAUGGAUUGUUGAAAUAAGGGAACUCGCUUUUGGUGACAGCAACCGGACUGACUCCAAUAAAAGUGUGAAUAAUAAUUUAUCGUCCUUUUAG